GAGUGGGCGGAGCUAGAUGCAGGUUGCAUAUUUUAGGAAGUGUGGAGGAGGCGCAGGCUUGAGCUGCGGCGGGGUCUGGGGCUCAGAACAGCGGCGGGAGGAGGAGGACACGUGGCAGCAGCAGCAGUAGCAGCCCCGGCGGCGGCGGCGGCAGAAGGCAUCGGCCCGAGCCGCCUGCCGUCUUCCCUCCUUCCCGCCUCGCGGCAGCCCUAGCUCCUUCCUCUUCGCUCCCCCGGCCGCGCUUGCUCGGCCGGGAGCCGCUUUCUUCUUUCUCUCAUUUUCUGAACGGAAGGACCCGGCGCGGGGCGCAGACCAUCGCCGCUAUGGGGAAGGGGGUUGGACGUGAUAAAUAUGAACCGGCAGCCGUUUCCGAGCAUGGCGACAAGAAAAAGGCUAAGAAAGAGAGGGAUAUGGACGAGCUGAAGAAAGAAGUUUCUAUGGAUGAUCAUAAACUUAGCCUUGAUGAACUUCAUCGCAAAUAUGGAACAGACUUGAACCGAGGCUUAACAACUGCUCGAGCUGCCGAGAUCCUAGCCAGAGAUGGACCCAACGCCCUCACGCCCCCUCCCACGACCCCCGAAUGGGUCAAGUUCUGUCGACAGCUGUUUGGGGGGUUCUCAAUGUUACUGUGGAUUGGAGCAGUUCUUUGCUUCUUGGCCUAUGGCAUCCAAGCUGCUACAGAAGAGGAACCUCAAAAUGAUAAUCUGUAUCUUGGUGUGGUGCUGUCCGCGGUUGUCAUCAUAACCGGCUGUUUCUCCUACUAUCAAGAAGCAAAAAGCUCCAAGAUCAUGGAGUCCUUCAAAAACAUGGUUCCUCAGCAAGCCCUCGUGAUUCGAAAUGGUGAAAAGAUGAGCAUAAACGCGGAAGAGGUGGUCGUCGGAGAUCUGGUGGAAGUGAAAGGAGGGGAUCGAAUUCCUGCUGAUCUCAGAAUCAUUUCUGCGAAUGGCUGCAAGGUGGAUAACUCCUCACUCACGGGAGAGUCAGAGCCACAGACCAGGUCUCCGGAUUUCACCAAUGAAAAUCCCCUGGAGACACGGAACAUUGCCUUUUUUUCAACCAACUGUGUUGAAGGCACUGCACGUGGCAUUGUUGUGUACACUGGGGACCGAACCGUGAUGGGCAGGAUUGCGACUCUGGCUUCUGGGCUGGAAGGGGGCCAGACUCCCAUCGCUGCAGAAAUUGAACAUUUUAUCCACAUCAUCACGGGUGUGGCUGUGUUCCUGGGCGUGUCUUUCUUCAUCCUUUCUCUGAUCCUUGAGUACACCUGGCUUGAGGCUGUCAUCUUCCUCAUCGGCAUCAUUGUAGCCAAUGUGCCGGAGGGUCUGCUGGCCACCGUCACGGUGUGCCUGACCCUGACUGCCAAGCGCAUGGCCAGGAAGAACUGCUUAGUGAAGAACCUGGAGGCUGUGGAGACCUUGGGAUCCACGUCCACCAUCUGCUCAGACAAAACUGGAACUCUGACCCAGAACCGGAUGACAGUGGCCCACAUGUGGUUCGACAACCAAAUCCAUGAGGCGGACACGACAGAGAAUCAGAGCGGUGUUUCAUUUGACAAGACUUCGGCCACCUGGCUUGCUCUCUCCAGAAUUGCAGGUCUUUGUAACAGGGCCGUGUUUCAGGCUAACCAGGAUAACCUGCCUAUCCUGAAGCGGGCUGUAGCAGGUGAUGCAUCAGAGUCUGCUCUCCUAAAGUGCAUUGAGGUCUGCUGCGGUUCUGUGAAGGAGAUGAGAGAGAGAUAUGCCAAGAUCGUCGAGAUCCCAUUCAACUCCACCAACAAGUACCAGUUGUCCAUCCACAAGAACGCCAAUGCAGGUGAGCCCCGGCACCUACUGGUGAUGAAAGGUGCUCCGGAAAGGAUCCUGGAUCGCUGCAGCUCCAUCCUCAUCCAUGGCAAGGAGCAGCCCCUGGACGAGGAGCUGAAGGACGCCUUUCAGAAUGCCUACCUGGAGCUGGGCGGCCUCGGAGAGCGGGUACUGGGUUUCUGCCACUUGAUGCUGCCAGAUGAGCAGUUUCCCGAAGGCUUCCAGUUUGACACCGAUGAUGUGAACUUCCCUGUUGAUAAUCUCUGCUUCGUGGGGCUCAUCUCCAUGAUUGACCCGCCACGGGCUGCUGUCCCAGAUGCUGUGGGCAAAUGUCGGAGUGCUGGAAUCAAGGUCAUCAUGGUCACCGGAGACCAUCCCAUCACUGCCAAAGCCAUUGCCAAAGGUGUGGGCAUCAUCUCAGAAGGUAAUGAGACUGUGGAAGACAUUGCUGCCCGCCUCAACAUCCCAGUGAGCCAGGUGAACCCCAGGGAUGCCCGGGCCUGUGUGGUGCACGGAAGCGAUCUGAAGGACAUGACUUCCGAGCAGCUGGAUGACAUUUUGAAAUACCACACGGAGAUUGUGUUCGCCAGGACCUCUCCGCAGCAGAAGCUCAUUAUUGUGGAAGGCUGCCAGAGACAGGGUGCCAUAGUGGCUGUAACUGGAGACGGUGUCAAUGACUCCCCGGCUUUGAAGAAGGCAGACAUUGGGGUUGCCAUGGGGAUUGCGGGCUCAGACGUGUCUAAGCAAGCUGCUGACAUGAUUCUCCUAGAUGACAACUUUGCCUCAAUUGUGACUGGAGUAGAGGAAGGUCGUCUGAUCUUUGAUAACUUGAAGAAAUCCAUUGCUUAUACCCUCACUAGUAACAUUCCUGAGAUUACCCCCUUCCUGAUAUUUAUUAUUGCAAACAUUCCACUCCCUCUGGGGACCGUCACCAUCCUCUGCAUCGACUUGGGAACGGACAUGGUCCCUGCCAUCUCUCUGGCUUACGAGCAGGCUGAGAGCGACAUCAUGAAGAGACAGCCCAGAAACCCCCAGACAGACAAACUUGUGAAUGAGCGGCUGAUCAGCAUGGCCUACGGACAGAUUGGUAUGAUCCAGGCCCUGGGGGGCUUCUUCACUUACUUUGUGAUCAUGGCUGAGAACGGCUUCCUCCCAAAUCACCUGCUGGGCAUCCGAGUGACCUGGGAUGACCGUUGGAUCAACGACGUGGAGGACAGCUAUGGGCAGCAGUGGACCUAUGAGCAGAGGAAGAUUGUGGAGUUCACCUGCCACACGGCCUUCUUUGUCAGUAUCGUGGUGGUGCAGUGGGCUGACUUGGUCAUCUGCAAGACCAGGAGGAAUUCCGUCUUCCAGCAGGGGAUGAAGAACAAGAUCUUAAUAUUUGGCCUCUUCGAAGAGACAGCCCUUGCUGCUUUCCUUUCCUACUGCCCUGGAAUGGGUGUCGCCCUGAGGAUGUAUCCCCUUAAACCUACCUGGUGGUUCUGUGCCUUCCCCUACUCUCUCCUCAUCUUCGUGUAUGAUGAAGUCCGAAAGCUCAUCAUCAGGCGACGCCCUGGCGGUUGGGUGGAGAAGGAGACCUACUACUAGACCCCCUCCUGCACGCCGUGGAGCAUCAUGCCACAAACUCUGCACCCACCACCCACCCCCUUUGUGUACUUCAGUCUUGGAAUUCGGAAUUCCACCCUGGUAGGAAAGCACCGAAGCAUGUGGGGAAGCGAGCCGUCCCGGAAUGAAGCAUGUAGCUCUAUGGGGGGGUGGGGGUGGGGGGAGGGCUGCCCGAGAAACAUCCGUCUGUGGAAACGACCGUGGGGAAGGUUUUUAUGUGCCUUUUUGUUUUUGUAAAAUGGAAAACUCGGAAAGACUGAAAGAAUACAUUUUAUAUCUGGAUUUUUACAAAUAAAGAUGGCUAUUAUAAUGGA